GGAGAAUCUGCGACAACCCUCCGCUCCCCCUCCCUCCCCGAAACACACACGCCUCCCAAAACAUAGCACUUUAUGCGUUUAUUCGUUUUAAAAACAACACGCCAACCCCUCUAGCCCCGCGAAGAAGAGGAUGUCAGCGACUAUCUGUCUGAUGGUCAUGUCUUCGUCCUUCUUCAACCCUAGCCUUGCCUUCAGUUCUCAUUUUGACUCAGAUGGCGCCCCCCUGAGCGAGCUGUCGUGGUCCUCCUCCCUGGCUGUGGUUGCUGUUUCCUUCUCUGGCCUCUUCACCUUCAUCUUCCUCAUGCUGGCCUGCCUGUGCUGUAAGAAGGGGGACAUCGGCUUCAAGGAGUUCGAGAACACCGAGGGCGAGGAGUACCAGGCCGACGCCUCCGCCCUGGCCUCCCCCUCCUCCCAGAGCGGCCACGAGGUCUACGUCCUGCCCCUCACCCAGGUCUCGCUUCCUGUGUCCAAGCAACCGGGCAGAUCAGUGCAGCUGCUGAAGUCAGCAGAUCUGGGCCGGCACAGCCUGCUGUACCUGAAGGAGAUCGGCCAUGGCUGGUUUGGCAAGGUUCUGCUGGGGGAGGUGAAUGCGGGUCUCAGUUCCAUCCAGGUGGUGGUGAAGGAGCUGAAGGCCAGCGCCAGCGUGCAGGAGCAGAUGCAGUUCCUGGAGGAGGUCCAGCCUUACCGCGCACUCCAGCAUCCUGCCCUCCUGCAGUGUCUGGCGCAAUGCUCCGAGGUCACGCCCUACCUGCUGGUCAUGGAGUUCUGCCCCCUGGGGGAUCUGAAAGGCUACCUGCGCAGUUGUCGGGCAGCAGACUCCAUGACCCCUGACCCCUUGAUCCUCCAGCGAAUGGCGUGCGAGAUUGCCUCUGGCCUCCUGCAUCUGCACAAACAUAACUUCAUUCACAGUGACCUGGCCCUGAGGAACUGCCUCCUGACCGCAGAAGUCACAGUGAAGAUUGGGGACUAUGGCCUGUCUCACAACAAAUACAAGGAUGACUACUUUGUGACCCCAGACCAGCUGUGGGUGCCAUUGCGCUGGAUCUCCCCAGAGCUCAUCGACGAAGUCCAUGGCAACCUGCUGGUGGCAGACCAAACCAAGACUAGCAACGUCUGGUCCCUGGGGGUGACAAUCUGGGAGUUGUUUGAGUUGGGGAACCAGCCGUAUCGUCACUAUUCAGACAGACAGGUGCUCACCUAUGCUGUGAAGGAGCAGCAGCUCAAACUGCCCAAACCGCUGCUGAAGGUGCCUCUGUCGGAGCGCUGGUAUGAGGUGAUGCAGUUCUGCUGGCUGCAACCGGAUCAGAGGCCCAACGUGGAGGAGGUUCACCUGCUGCUGAGCUACCUGUGCGCCAAGGGUUCGAGCGAGCCAGAGGAGGACUUCGAGAGCCGCUGGAACUCCCUGCGUCCCGGGAUGGGCCUGGGUGCGUCUGCAGCGGAGCCGGCCUCCUCCUCCUCCUCCUCCUUCCCCCUGCUGGAGCGCUUCGCCACUGGCGACGGUUUCCACAGCGAGGCCGGGGACGAUGUCCUGACUGUCACCGAGACCAGCCACGGGCUCAGCUUCGAGUACAAGUGGGAGGAGUCGGGCCCGGAGAGGCCCUUCCACACCGCGUCCACCAGCGGGCCGCUGGGCCAGGGCAACCCCCACUACCAGGACAUCUACUACCCCCCUGACACUGUCUGCAGCGGGGAGGGGCUCACCCUGGGGGUCUCCCCGUCCUGCUACGAGCCCAAACCACUGCACACCCCCGGGGUGGUCCCCGUGCUCAGCGCCCACAGCCCCUCGGUCAGCAGCGAAUACUACAUCCGCAUCGAGGAGCCAGUAGAGGGCACUGUCCACCUGGACCGCAGUCCCAGCUCGGAGGGCGGUGAUGAGGGCGACGACUACAUCGCAGGAGAGGGCCACUCGGGACCCGAGGCCCGGCCCGAUUCCUAUUGGUCGGCUGACGCCCACAGAGCCGCAGUGGCAUACGACUCGGACCUGAGCCCGGCCGUCUCUCUGACCCUGGAGCCGCUGCUGGGGCAGGUGUCAGGCGCCAGCGGGAGCCCCGUGGGGCCCUGGGAGUCCGGCCAGUGCUUCUCCUACGAAGAGAGGGAUGGCUUCUACUAUGAGCGCUCGCCGUCUCCCGGGAAGAGCCGCUCGGUGGCCGAGGAGACCCGCCCCGAGGACCUGCGGUACAGCUGGGAUGCACGCAGUCCUCCCCGGGCACAGGAGGAGCCAGAGAGCCCCCUGGGUACCUCCCCGUCCCUCAGCAGUCCCAGCCCGGGCCACCAUGACCCUCACCCAGAGGGUGGCUGCGAGCCCGUUGCCAGCCAGACCGCCGCUACCGAACGCUACUGCACCGCAGCGAGCCCCAGCGAGCCCAGCGAGCCGAGGUCCACGGAUGAUCCUUGCUCCGUCAGCAUCGAGAUCGAACCAGAGGACAGCACUCUCACGCCUCACCAGGACAGCAACACCGGGUACGAGGGGGGGUCCAGCGCGGAGAGGGAGUCCCAUAGCUGGGCGUCGAACCACUCCGCCAACAACAACAGCUCGACCUUUGACUGGGGGCGGGCUGGGGGGACCCAGGAGACUUACGCAGACUUCCAUCACGCCAUCACGUCUUCCACAGACACCUGGCCUGAGGUGAGGGACACGCAAGUGAGCUCAACAUGCUACACCUCCCAGCCUGAUACUGACAUAGAGGCAGCAGCCAAUCGCAGCGGCUUCGUGUCCCUCCACAAGCCCCACCCUCUGAACAUCGAAUGCAGCGCGUACAUCCAUAUGUGUCGUGAGGGCGACGGCAAACUCCAUUUGACUGCAGAAAGCCCCCCUUGUGCUGAUCCUCUCUCUGGGGCCUUGGUCAGGAGCUUUAAAGUAACAGAGGUCCCAAGGACAGAAGAAGAGGAGGAUUCGCUUAUUCUAACAGGGGGCGUUGUGCCAAAUGCAAAGGUGAACCCAGAGCGGGGUAUGGAGUUCAUGGACCUCGCAGAGCAGUCCGCUAAUGUUGCAACGAGCGCAGCGUUUCAUGAAAAGGAAGGAGCCGAGUGCCGGGAAGUGCAGGUUAGCGAAGUCUCAGCGAUGCUCUCGGGAAAACGACCGCCCCAUCCCGCCACCUCGUUCGAGGCUGUGUCUGACAGCGGGGUGGGGACCAGCUACUCCAGCAUCAACAUGGUGGACGUCGGUGACUGCAGCGACGAUGAUGUCACGGACCCCGGCUCGGGUGUUUUUGCCAACCUCCCCACGGAAUGCGCAGAGGGUCCGCCCUUCAUGCUCCUGCGGAAGCAGGUGGGGACGCCGGACUCGGUGGACUCCGUCGCCGUGACCUCAGCUGCCAGCUCCUGCAAAGCCUUCAGCCCGGCCUCCUUUCACCCCUCCACCCAGCCCAAAGCCCUGGACAGCGGGUACGACACGGAGAACAAUGAGUCUCCCGAAUUCAUCCUGAAAGAGCCCCCCGAGCCCCGGGAUCCCGACAGCUUGGCCCCGCCCCCAGGAAAUCUCCCGUUCAAAAAGGGCUCGGAACUGGAUGGCUCUGAGGCCACGGUGGUCCUGCAGGUAGAGGUGGAUGGGGGACCAGAUGCCCACAGCCACGCCAAGCUGGAACAGUCUGGAUUUAGCAGCAAGAACCCGUACCGGGACUCGGCCUAUUUCUCCGACUACGACGCGGAGAACGAGAGGUUCCCCCAGGAUGAGGAAGAGGGGGAUGUUCGGGACAGCCUGGAAGAGGACGGUGAGCAGGGAGACCUCGCCGAGUCCGCACGGAGGGAGGAGCUGAACCCUCCCCACCUGGACAGUGAGGAGGGGGACCGUUUCACUGAUCCCGAGGAAAGCAAGAACAUCUUCGAUAUAGAUAUGGAGAAAACAUCUCCUGUAGUAGCUCAGUCUGAGCCUGAGCAGAGUGAUUCGUCCUCGGGUCCCGUUAUCUCCACACUCUCCCCCUCCCCCCCUGAAAUGGGGGGAUGCCUCACCAAAGAGUCCUCUCAGGACGAGGGGCUGGGGCUGGACCCCGACCACUCAGGGGAGGAGCCUUCCUCUGAGUGUUCCUCCUCUUCCUCCGCCUCCACCUCUUCCUCCUCUGCUGCGGUCUCCCAGAGCUUGUCCAUGCCUCAGGAGUCCCCUGCUGCGGGUGAAAGGGCCAGGAAGGGGGCGGAGGCACAGCCGAGAUCCUGCAGGGCCACUGCUGGGGACGGCACUGGGGAGGAAGAGGCGGAGGGGCGAGGGGAGGGCUCUGAGCGGGGCCGCGAGCUCCGGGAUGGGGUGAGAAAGGGGGAGGAAGAGGAGGACUCACCAGGAACCUCAAACGAAGGGCAGGAGGUUCUCCCAGAGGGUGCGGACUUCCCUUCCCCUUCUCCUCCCUCCUCCUCCUCUUCCUCCCCCUCUUCUCCUCCGAACCUCCUCCCGCCGGAGGCCCGGGCGCCCCUGGGGGAGGGGGAGGAGGCGGACUGGGAGGACAGGGACUCGGAGGACAGCGAGGAGUCGGACGAGGAGCUGCGUAGCUACAGCGUGCAGGAGCAGAGCGAGCAGAGCGAGGAGAGCGAGGAGGAGAGCCACGCCGUGCCCGUGGUGGUGAGCGACCGCAGCGGCAUGCGCCACCUCCGCAGCCUCCUCAAGAUGCCCACCCUACUCACUGAGUCCUUCUGCGAAGACCUGGAGCACAAGAAGAAGGCCGUCUCUUUCUUCGAUGACGUCACCGUCUACCUGUUUGACCAGGAGAGCCCCACCCAGGAGCUGGCAGAACAUGGCUUCCCUCCUGGAGCGGAGUCUAGUGGGCCGAGCACAGAGGGGGGAGGCGUACCUGCCCAGGACAGGGUCAGCACCUCGGACGACUCCUCGGAUGGAAACAUCUCAGAAGAGAGUGGAGGGUUCGAAUGGGAUGAUGAUUUUCCCUUGAUGCCCGGUCCCUCCUCGAUGCUGCCGGACUCUCCGACCCUUCAGGCCCCCGCAGCCCCCCCUGCAGCCCCCCCCGCAGCCCCCCCCGCGGCGCCGGCCCCGCCCUCCUCCCGUUUCAGCGUCUCGCGCUUCUCCAUCACGCACGUGUCCGACUCCGACGUGGACUCUGCAGGAGGUCACCUCAAAAACUGACGACCUCUCACCCCUGACAUCACACACCCUGCAAGCCUGUCCCCUCUUGGCUAAAGUGCUCCCUAACCCAUUUACCUAUACAACCAACAGCAGUCUCCCACUUGGGCAUCAAACCAACAACCCCCUGGUGGAACACCCCGUGUCCCCCUAGAUGAACCUCUCUACACUCCCUGCUUGUUAACAUCUGGAUUGUCCUCACUGAUCUCAGAUAACCUCUCCAUACUCUGCCUCUUCCUAUCUGAAUCCUCACUGAUCUCAGAUCACCUCUCCACACUUCCUGCCCCUUACUGUCUGAAUCUUGACUGAUCUCAGAUCACCUCUCUAUGCUCCCUGCCUCAUACUGUGUGAAUCAUCACUGAUAUCAGAUCACCUCUCCACCCCCCCUGCCUCUUCCUGUCUGAAUCCUCACUGAUCCCAGAUAACUUCUCCAUACUCCCUGCAUCUUCUUGUCUGAACCCUGACUGAUCUCAAAUAACCUCCAUUCCCUGAAUCUUCCUGUCUGGAUCCCUCUGACUGAUCUCAGAUAACCUCUCCACACUCCCUGCUCCUUUCUGUCUGAAUCCUCACUGAUCUCAGAUAACCUCCAUUCCCUACUCCCUGAUCUCGUGACAGUGGCCGUCUCCUGAAGCAUGACUCAUGACGUUGUGCUGAUGAAGCCUUACGUGAUCUGAAGCCCAGUUUGAACCCAGUUUGACCUUUGCCCCCUGCCCCUCGUGCAGGCCCGUCCCGUGAGUAACUGUGCUCUCUUUGUCCUGUAGGGAGCAGUGAAGACGGGGAGAGAGAGUGAGGGGGUGUGUGGGGCGGUGUGCCCCCUCUACACAGACUGCCUUCAGCGCUUUCAUUUAGCUUUUUUUUUUUCUUUUUUUAAAUCGUGGACACGAGGAUGUCCAAACCUCGGUGACUCGUCUGGCGACAGUGCCUCCAAUCAGAGCGGAUAUUUGGGGCUGCUGGACUCUAACGACGUCAACGGUGAAGAAAAAACAAAAGGGAAUCUGUGUUUAAUUAUA